CAAAGAUGUUUAAUUAAUGAGCUUGCUUGCUAAACCAUUCCAACACACAUUACUUGUACUUUAUGAUUCAGGUCAGCAGAUGUCGCACAAGUGCUCCCAAAUAUUGUGAACCACCAUGACGUUAGCCAAAUCAUGUGAUGUUUGAUAAGCCUGGAUAUGGCUUUCUUGCUACACAGUAGCAGCUAACACUAGUGAUUCUGCUCUGCUGAAGGGGGCUGACAGGGACCAGAGAUGGCUGAAGAGAUCAGUGAGGCAGAAGAUACUCUUAUUUAUGGUUUAACAGGCUUGAAUACUAUGGGAAGAAUCCUACUUGAAAAUGGCAAGCAAGAAGCAGCAGGUUCCAUUGAAGAUUUUGUCCCAAAUAAAAUUACAACUUUAUUUGGACUAAUGACUUGUGGUGCCAACUUCUACAACAGUAUUGGUGUGAAGAAGAAGAUUGAUGCUGAAAACCUGUGGAAGAAGUCUUAUCACCAUGCCAAGGUGCAAGAGCAAGUAGAGGAACUCCUGCAGUUGGAGGAGGAAUGGGAUGCCUUUCUGGACCGCAUAGACACUGCGCUGAAGACAAGUGACAAACGGCUCACAGGAGGCCCAACUUCACAGAAUCUGAGUGCUGAUACACCCCUCACAGAUGCCAGGAGUGGAGAGAAUGUGACUCUGGGACAGUACUUUGGGAAACGGGAGAAUCUGCUGCUGGUUCUGAUCCGACACUUUGGAUGACUACCGUGACGCGAGCACGUGGCUGAGAUGGAGACCCAACAGGGACUCCUAGAUUCUCAGUCAACUCGGGUACUGGUGGUCUCCUUUGGCUGUCGAGAAGGUGCUCAGCUCUGGCUAGAACAGACGGGCUGCAAGUACGACAUGCUGCUUGACCCACAGAGGAAGAUUUACAAGGCAUUUGGCCUGGGAUCUUCCUAUUCAAAGGUGAUGAAUUUUGGCUGCUUGCUUCAAUAUGCAGAGUAUGUUGCGUUAGGCCAAGAGUUUCCUGACAUCCCACCACGUUUCCUGGAAGAUCUCUAUCAGAUGGGCGGUGAUUUUGUCCUGGAUGAAGGCGGGAAAGUGAUCCUCUCUCAUCCCUGCAAGAAUCCAAUGGACAGGCCUGAAGUAGCACAGAUGGUGGCUACCAUCUCAUCUGUUGGCCAUCCUACUAGCUUAUAAUGUAGUAGUGACUCACUCCAUCUGAGUGGACAUGGCACUGACCCCUCAGAGGAAGCGCACCUCCUUGGCUUAUGUGGAUGAAGACACAGAUCACACUCAUGACCUCAUGAAGAGCAGUGUCUGAUGGAACUCACAAGCCAAUGACAACUGCCCUUCCUGCUGAGUGAUCAGUGCUGUGCUAGUGCUAUUAUUCCUGACUGAAUUCUAAGAUUGUAGAUUCUGUUUACUGACAUUUUGAUUUAAAUUCAUUCAGAACUCGAUGAUUUUUAAGGAUAAUCACUAACUUUGAGUAAAAAUAAUUCAGAUCAUGAUAAUGUGACAAAGGAACCUUUUCAAAUAUUUUAUUGCACAAUAUUUGUACUAGAACUAUGCUGUUUUUGGGUUUACACUAACUGAAAAAGUACAGUAAUAAAUGUUAUACUUUUAAUCAUGAUACAUUUAAUAAAUAUAUUGAUAAUAAAAACA